AUGCCCAAGCAAGCAGCAGCAGCAGCUCCCGCAAAGAAAGAUGAUAACGAGCUAUCGCCUAUCGUCAAAGCCACGCUACAAGCGUCAGUCAUUGCGGGAAUAUCAAACGUUCUCGCCCAGGCCAUCAGUGCCUACAAAGAUGGUACGCCUUUGGUGAUUGACUGGGUUCCUGUGUUCCAGUUCUUCCUGUUUGGUGUGAUUUCCACGCCUCCCAAUUUCUUGUGGCAAGGCCUCCUCGAAAGCACUUUCCCCUCGCACCACCUCGCCCCCACGCCCACCGCCAUCGACUCGGCCUCCCGCUCCGACGAAAAGUCGCUCGACGACUCGGCCACCCUCGGCACGCUCGUCGAACCGCGUCUCAACAAACUCAACACCUUCAUGAAAUGGUUCCUCGACCAGACCCUGGGGGCCGCCGUCAACACCCUGCUCUUCAGCAUGUUCAUGCACGGCACGCAGUCCGCCAUGGAGCACCGGGCCGCUUCCUCCUUCGGCACUGACCCCUCUCAGAGUCUGUGGUUCUUGAUCGACGGAAUCACGAAGGGCAACGCGAUCCAGUACCACUCGGUUAACUGGAACUGGGUGUGGGAGGAGUCCAAGAGGGAGUUUGUGGACCUGGUGCUGGCCAGCUGGAAGUUUUGGCCGUUUGUGAGUAUUGUUAAUUUUGCGGUUCUGAAAACGGUGGCGGCAAGGAGUUUGGCGGGAAAUCUUGCGGGCAUUGCGUGGGGGGUUUAUAUGAGUUUGUUUGCUUCUGCGCAGUAA